AUAUACUUGCGCAACUUCUAUGCUGUGUCGUUCAUUGAUGUGAAAUAACAGAAGCGUGUGUUUUGGCAUUUUUUUCAGCCUCUGAUUUUGAGCCCUCUUUAAAUCUAAAUUACAGUAGGAGCGCUACGAGCUGGAUUUGUGGCGCUGAAAGCUCCAAAAGCCGCGAGGUGACAGGACGGAUUCGUCCGAACGUCCGUGGAGCGAUGAGGAGGAAGGACUACUCUUUUGGAGUCUUCGUAUUCAUCUGGAGACUAUCGCUGUUUCUUAGUGUUGGUCAGUGUAAGGAGGUUGACCAUGCUCCAAGAACACGUCAGGUCCCAAUGUCUCCAUCUGACUUUCUGGACAAACUGAUGGGGAGGACAUCUGGAUACGAUGCUAGAAUAAGACCAAAUUUUAAAGGUCCUCCAGUCAAUGUCUCCUGUAACAUUUUCAUCAACAGCUUUGGUUCCAUUGCUGAAACCACUAUGGACUAUCGCGUGAAUAUCUUCCUUCGUCAGCAGUGGAAUGAUCCCAGGCUUGCCUAUGCAGAAUAUCCAGAUGACUCUUUGGACUUGGAUCCCUCUAUGUUAGACUCCAUUUGGAAGCCAGAUCUGUUCUUCGCCAAUGAGAAGGGUGCACACUUCCACGAGGUUACAACAGACAACAAGUUGCUGCGGAUUUUUAAGAAUGGAAAUGUUUUAUACUCUAUAAGGCUAACGUUAACUCUCUCAUGUCCCAUGGAUCUAAAAAACUUCCCCAUGGAUGUUCAGACCUGCAUUAUGCAAUUAGAAAGCUUUGGUUACACCAUGAAUGACCUGAUCUUUGAGUGGCAGGAGAAUGGACCAGUCCAAGUGGCUGAAGGGCUGACGCUCCCACAGUUCAUCCUUAAAGAUGACUCUGACCUAAGAUACUGUACCAAGCACUACAACACAGGUAAAUUUACUUGUAUUGAAGUGCGGUUCCACUUGGAGCGUCAGAUGGGCUACUACCUGAUCCAAAUGUACAUCCCGUCUCUGCUGAUUGUUAUUCUAUCAUGGGUCUCCUUUUGGAUUAACAUGGAUGCAGCCCCAGCCAGAGUGGCGCUUGGCAUCACUACUGUCCUCACAAUGACAACACAGAGCUCAGGCUCCAGGACUUCAUUGCCAAAGGUCUCCUAUGUCAAGGCCAUAGACAUCUGGAUGGCAGUGUGUCUACUGUUUGUUUUCUCUGCACUGUUGGAGUAUGCUGCGGUUAAUUUUGUGUCAAGGCAACAUAAAGAGCUGCUACGAUUCAAGCGAAAUCCCAAGAAGAGCAAGAACAGUGGAGGUGCAGUUGAUGCAGAUGAGCUAGCCGAAUCCCUCCAUCGUGUUAACAUUGGCAACGGCCUCAAGGCAUCAGACCCUCUCUAUGGAUCUAUGACCAACAUCUACAGCACCAACUACAGGGAACGGGAAGUACAUGAGACCAGACUGACCUCUCCAGCUGCUGUAACCUCCACUCCCAGCAACAGCAAGGACUCCAAGGCCACCACUAACAAUACCGUCACUGUACUGAACACUCAAGGAGCCCCAGCAAACACUGCCCUGAAUCCCCCGGGAGUCCCUUCAGGAGGACGGAAAAGCACGGAGGAAAUGAGAAAGUUAUUUAUCGACCGAGCCAAAAAGAUUGACACGGUAUCGAGGGCCGGUUUUCCCCUGGCCUUCCUGUUUUUCAAUAUAUUCUACUGGGUUCUUUAUAAAAUACUUCGCCAUGAAGAUUUCCAUUCGCCAUAGACAAAGAAAGACAGUGUGUUAAUCAAGUAUGCACACAUAAAUGCAAACACACUUGUACUGUAGCUCAUGUGAGGAAAUGCUUUCUUCUUUUACAUCACAUUACCUUAACCCUCUCUUUAAUAAGAACUGCAAUCCACGACGUCACAUUGCUCCAAAGUUUCAAUAGACAGAAAACUCCAAACAGUGGCCACAAACGUAGAUGUACAAGCAUACACGGAUGCUAAAUUAUCAUGAUUUGGUCGGGUUGAAGACAAUUCAGCAUGACUCAGACAGCACAGUGUUUUUACUAGGAAACUGUGUUGGGAUGCUGCUGGGAUAGUGACAGCGUUUGAGAUCUGAGGUGGGAUUUUCAUUGCCGCUUUUAAUGCCGAUUUCCAAUUCAGUGCCUAUAUGAUUUCCGGGGGGGGGGGGG